GGUUUGAUGAAUGCGUAAAGCAAGAAUUACUACUUGACGAGUUUGACUGGGAUGGCAGAGACGCUUUAUAUGCCGAAAUACCGCACUCCUGUGCCAGAGCAAGAUCCUGCCCUGGGUUCGCGAGAUAGAGUCUGGCCUUGCUGCUCCUGGAGACCCCGAUCUAGUCAUGACAGACCAGCCUGGGCUAUAUCCAGUCAAGGUCUUGCGGCCCGCCUCUUUUGCUGAGGCUGUGCUCCGACUGCUGUGUCGUGAUAUGGUUGAUAAUGAAGACCUCGAGAUGCUAUGGAGACGGAUGCUUGAUUCGAUGAAGGAAGAGGAAACCCUGUUCUCUCAGAAUCUCAGGCCUGCAUUCCAACCCGCCUGGAAUGCCCUCAUGGGACGCAGUGGCUACAUCGACCCAAUAACCGAAGUCAUUCAACUCCGCAGGGAAUUGAUCAAGGAUGAUUUCCGACCCGAUCGCCUGCCUGACGAGGCCAUUGCCGGGGGCGAGCGGUAUCAGGAAGCCACCGCAAGUAAUCGUGAGAAGCUCCUAAGGUCUUUGUGCGAUAGAGACCAAACAGUGGACCGGAAGUUUGGUUUAUGGCAUAUGAAUAAGUUUCGUCCCAUACUGGAACGCUCACCACUCCCAAUCCCAGAAGACUGUGAUCCUGUAACCGAAGGUCUUCUGGAAAAUUGGACCAGGAUCAUCCCUAUGGGAGUGUUCAAAGUCAUCGGCCCUGGAGAAGUGGUCCUCGUAGAUUGAACCGCGGGUCUUCUGCAAAAAUUGGACCAAGUUCACUUGUUGACUCUCGUCUUUCUGUUUGAUGGCAUGUUUAGUUAAUUCUCAAUCUCAUUAUUCUCUUGGC